UCUGUUCAUUCAUAUCUAUUCAUAAUACUGUAUGAAUUAUUAAUAAACAAUAUUAUUAUUCUUUUUAUGUACCUUCCUGAUGCAGGCUAUCAGACUGAAAUAUAUAAUUUUAAAAUAAGAUUUUUAAGGCAAUAGCAUCAAAUUGAUUCCUUUUUUAAAUAUAGCUUAUAUAAACAAGGUUUUCUACCAUCGUUUUUUUUGUUUAUGUUUCAGUUUAAAUACUAACCUUGACAGCUUGGUAUUUUCACGGUUAACAUGUUUCAGAGUUUAACAAACUACCAGUACAACGAUUUUUUAUAUUUUAUGAAUUAAACGUCUCAGUUUUAAUGACUGGUCAGUUAAUAAUUGUAUAUAGUCGCUAUAGGAAGGUUGUUUAAAUUGAACUUUUAAACUAUUUGUACUUGAUAUUUAUUCCAUAUAAAUGUUUAUUUAGAGUACUACGUAUUUUGUUAUUGCAAUAAGUAAGUUUCAUAUGGUAUUUAGUGCAUGAAUAUGGAAGGCCAAGACAGUCCUGUUAUAGAUAAAUCAUUAAGUUCUAAGGAAAAUAAAGGGGGACAAUGGUUGCGAUAUAAAUGUUUUUUGACGCUUGAUCUUGUUCUUCUCGAGACGUUUCUGCAUAUAUUUAAAGAAAAAUGAAACGAAAUAUCAGACUAAAUAAAGAUCUUCCUAAUAAACAUCUCAUACAAUUAUGCCAUUAUAAACAAAAAUCGAAUUGGGAUUGUGGAAUAUCGUGCAUAGCAAUGGUGUUAUCGAAUAAAUAUAGAGACCAUUUCAUAAAGAACAUUAGUAAAAUUUGUAAAAUUGAAGGUUUUAAUAAAAGUACUUGGUCCAUUGAUCUUUGUUACUUGUUGAAAAGAUACAAUAUUGAGCAUAGAUACUGUACUAUUACAAUUGGAGUUCAUGAAGGUUAUAGAGGAAAUAGUUUUUACCAUAAUAUUUUAAGUAAGGAUGAAUAUCGUGUGAACAAACGAUUUAAAGAAGCGUCCAAAAACAACAUUUAUAUUGAAAAUAAAUCAGUGACUCUAAGAGAAAUAUUAGAACAUCUGAUAAACGGUCCUGUGAUAGUUUUAACGAAUGCAAGGCUGCUGUGCUGUGAUAUUUGCAAAUUUAACAAAGUUACUAGCGAACUAAGAAAAUGUUUACCGUGGCCUAUAACUUAUCAAGGACAUUACAUCGUGUUGUGUGGAUACGACAUAUACAGUCAAAAAGUUUACUAUAGAAACCCUACCUUCAAUGAUCAUGUUUGCAUAAUGCCAGUGCUACAUUUCGACCAAGCAAGGAAAAGCUAUGGGACAGAUGAAGAUAUAAUUUUUGUCUACAAAUAAGUACAUAUAUCUUUGUAUUUGUAGCACCAAAAUACAUGUUCAGCUAUCAGCUUUAAAAAUCUAUUGUCGCCCUGAUACAAUAAAUAUUUAUUUAUUUUGCUUG